AAGGCAGGGCUCAGGCUGGUUGUAGUUCCCCGCGCCAGCUAGUAUUUUCCGCCCUCAAGGAGGAUUUUCGGAGUCAGCACAGCAUAGCUCGGCUUUUAACGUUCCGUUGAAGCAAAUCUGAGUCUGCUUCUGAAGCCAGUACUACAACUUAGAGUUAGAUGCUCAGUUACAAGAGGCAUAUGCAGCUUUCGCUAUAUAAUAUUUCGAUUUAUCAUCUUUCUUAUUCUUUUUUUUGUCCAUGCGUCAAUGUUUGACGAGGAUUCACGACACGUAAAAUUUUCUGAUUCUGCUCUGUCAUCAUGAUUAAGUAUUGUAUGUAGCCGUAGAAUCUUGGUUUUUUAAUCGUGCCUGUAUUGACAACAUCAACAUUUCCACCGCAAUUAUCGUUCGGCAUCGUGUAAUACUUUAGGACCCACGUUUAAUUACGCGAUUGCAAUUCGCGCCGUGUCGUCCUGCUUGUAUUGCAUAGGUUUUCAUCUCAGCAUAGAGCAAUGGCACCUGGAGAACAAGCGGGGAGUAGUUCUUUGCGCCACCGUGCCGCACCAAAUGCUUCUACCAGCGCGACAACAACUACAAGCUCAACUAGUGGGUCGUCGUUGUCCACCACCUCCUCGAAAAGCAGACCCACCGGCACCUCCUCGGCACCGACGACCUACUACCGCUUGAGGCUCGGCACGUUCCCCACAGAACUGCACAACAAGGAUAUUUCUCGGGAGGAAUGGAGGCAGCUCGCGGAAAGGAUUGAGGUGAAAGACAAGGACGGUACCGCAGCUGCAGGAGAUCUUCAUGUAGAGCAAAUGCAAAAAAAAUCGACGACGGCCCCGGUAGUUCCCGACCUGGACAAAAUUGAGCCGAUGGACCCUCUGAUGCACACCGAGCGGAUUAUCGGAAUCACUUUGUACCUGUCGCUCAAUGUGACGCCCGGGUUGCUACCGCUUUUUCUCCUGAGCAGGUUUUUGGUGCUCCCGUUUUGCGGGUUGUCUGAUUUGGUGUACGAGUUAUGCAUUGCAAAAGUAUCGUACUCGUAUAAAUGCAUUACAAAUUUCUCCAGCAUGAGAAAUGAAAUUUGUAAUGCGGAUUUACCUUAAGAUAAAGAUUUGUAAUGCAUGAUUGCUAUACGAGUACGAUACUUUUGCACAGGAUACGAAUCCGCUGGGUACUAUUUGAACAUCGCGAUAUUACUGACAGUAUGAACUGCAAAAGUAUCGUACUCGUAGUAAUUGCAUUUAUGCAUUACAAAUCUCUUUCUCAAGGUAAAUCAGCACUACAAAUUUGAUUUGUAUUAUGCUGGGCUAAUUUGUAAUGCAAUUUAUACUAGUACGAUGCUUUUGCAAUCCAUACACAAUACUCUUCCCCGCGUUCCUGUUCUCUCUCGAGUUCUUCAUCCUGCAGCCGUUGUUGAGAAAGCGCUAUGCUCUGCAAAAGUGUCGUACUCGUAUAAAUUGCAGUGAUGCAUGACAGACCUGGUUUCUGUGGGUAAUCCAGCAUUACACAUUUUCCUGGUGAAAAUAAAAUUUGUAAAAUGCUAUUUCUACUAAGUGCGAUACUUUUGCAAUGCAUAAACGCUAUCCGAAGCUCAUUUACGCGUACGAUUUGAUGUUCAACCAGACGAAGGGGGACGAUAAUUUUUUCAAAAAUCAGUACCUCUUCUCCGAGUGGCUGUCCAUGAAGUACCUGUCUCUGCAACUUAUCUGGCCAACCGAGGUCGACGAAAUCUUGGACAAGUACGAAAACGGGAUUUUUGUCAUGAUUCCCCACGGCCCGGCCCCCUUAGCGCAGACCUGCUACAGCAUGUGGAGCAAGCUUUUUGGGACGGCAGAGACAAAGCCCUGCGCUUUGACCCGGUGGACCUGUGCGCCGGUGUUGUUCAAGCUCCCCUUCGUUUCCGCGCUGCUGCGGUCACUGGGCUACAUUCCGGCGAAUAUCAACUGCAAAAAUGUCUGGGUCUGGAAGAUUCUGAGACUUGUCAUGCACGUUUUGCAUGGGUCGUGAUGUCUGUGAUGCAUGCCCUAGCAUCACAGAUUUUUUGAGGGCUUCGCGAUCCCUAUUCCGCAUGACAAAUGCCCUCUCCGCGUAGCCAAAACUGCAGUCCCUUUGCUGCUCAUGCAAUACAGAUUUUUUUGGAAUCCACAUGCAGCAUCACAAGUUCGGAUUCUUCCAGACCCAGACAUUUUUGCAUUUGAUAGCGAACGGGAAGAAGAUUGAGAAAUAUUUGGAGCUGAAGCAGUCCAUCGGGAUCGUGUUGGACGGGAUCAAGGGGAUGUUUUACCAGUUAUGCAUUGCAAAUAUGUCUGGGUCUGGAAGGAUGCAAGGUUUGUCAUGCACAUUUUGCAUGAGUCCUGAUGUCUGUGAUGCAUGCCCUAGCAUCACAGAUUAUGUGAGGGCUCUCUGAUGCCUAUACCGCAUGAGAAAUCCCCUCUCCGCGGAGCAAAAACUGGACGCCUCUUGCUGCUCAUGCAAUGCAGAUUUUUUUCGAUUCCAAAAAUAGCAUCACAAGUUGCAUUCUUCCAGACCCAGACACUUUUACACUUGAUACCAAUCGAAAAAGCGCGAAACGGCGUGUAUCGCGGAUAGGAAGGGGAUCGUGAAGAUCGCGCUGAAAACGGGGAAGCCAUUGAUUCCAGUUUACGCGUUCGGGCAAUCGGAAUUAUACUCGGUGCUGCAAGACCCUUUUGGGAUUUUGGCGACGGUCUCCACAAAAUUGAACGUCAGCAUCCUCCCGUUCUUCGGCCGGUUCGGAAUGCCGUAUGGGCCGCCGUAUCGAAAACCGGUUGCGGUGGUAUUCGGAAAACCGAUUGAUUGCUUUGUGGAGGGUUCUGGCUCAGGGUCAGGAGUAACUUCCGCAAUUACGAACGACCAGGUGGACCUGUACCACGGGAAACUAUGUGAAGAAUUUGAAAACAUUUUUGAGACGCACAAGCACGCGUACGGCUGGGGACACAAGGAGCUGCGGAUUGUAGCAUGA